AUGAAGGCUGCUGCACUAUUGCAACUUUUGGCAGGAAUCGAAAUGAAGGCCAUAUUGAAAUAUGUGGCAGGAAUUGCUGGACCAAGUGGCUAUGGCUCCAAAACUACUGCUCAACAAGUUGCUGAUGAUUGCUUCUCCUCCAUGCCUUCAUCUCAUCUCACUGCAAUAGUCACCGGCGCGACAUCGGGCAUCGGUGAAGAGACAGCAAGAGUACUUGCCAAGAGAGGUGUGAGAGUGGUAAUUCCAGCAAGGGAUUUGAGGAAGGCAGAAAGUGUGAAGGAAAAUAUACAAAAAGAGAGCCCAAAAGCUGAGAUAAUCAUAUUGGAGUUAAACUUGAGCUCAUUUGCUUCAAUCAAAAGCUUUUGCUCUCACUUCUUAUCUUUAGGACUGCCUCUACACAUCCUUAUAAACAAUGCCGGCAUAUUUCCACACAAGCAGGAAUUUUCUGAGGACAAUAUUGAGCUUACUUUUGCCACAAAUUAUUUAGGUCAUUUUCUGCUGACAAAAAUGCUACUGGAGAAAAUGGUGGAGACAGCAGGAAAAUCAAGUAUAGAGGGAAGAAUAGUGAAUGUCUCCUCUAUGUGUUACAAUUCAGUGACUAGCAAUGAAUUUUGCUUCACUGAAUUGCUCAAUCCAAAAAGCUACCUUAGCCCCAAAGCUUAUGCUCAAUCAAAACUAGCAAACAUAUUACAUGCCAAGGAACUAUCAAAACAGCUCAAGGCAAAAGGAGCAAAUGUGACUAUCAAUGCUGUCCAUCCAGGGGUUAUAAAGACUGAAAUUACAAGAGAUUUCAAAUUUAUUUCAGAUUUUAUGUAUUUUGUGGCAUCCAAAUUUGUCAAGUCAACAUCACAGGGUGCGGCCACGACAUGUUAUGUUGCAUUGAGCCCUCGACUAGUCGGCGUAAGCGGCGAGUACUUUGAAGACUGCAACGAGAGCCGCGCCUUAGGCCUUGCAAGUGACGACGACAUUGCUCGGAAUCUUUGGAAGCAGACGCAUGAGCUCAUCAUCAGUAUUAUUGGUGAAUAAAAAUCUAAUGUUUAGAAACAUACAACAAUAAUUUUAUGCUAGUAAUUAGUUUAGAUACAAUGAUACAAAGAAAAUAGUAGAUCGUCGAAAAUAACGGGCUGGCUUAAUGGGCUCCGCCUGGCUGAAGUGAUGUGCAUUUUAUUAUUGAUAAACAAAUAAUUAUCACCACCACAAGAGUGGGAAAUUUUAAUCUAA